AUGCCGACGGCAGCAUCGAGCAGAAACACCGGCGGCGGCGGCGAUGACGGCCUCAGCAGCAGCAGCAGCAGCAUACAAUCACCCGGCGGCGGCACAGCGCCAUCUUGGCGAUGUCAGUUCAACAAGAGCAGCUCUUUUACCGUCGACGACGGCCACGCAUCCUCUGAAGUGUCAUUCGGCAUCCUUCAUCUCUUUCGUGAUGGAGCUGGCAGCGUUCCCGCUUCAUCCUCCUCCAAGGCCUCCGUAGCCCUUGAUGACGAUUCCGCAACCGUCCUCGCCCUGCUGGGCCUUCCAGGCCAAAUGACGGCAGCCGACUUUCUCGCAUGGGUAGAACCCGCUAUCAGUAGCGUUGAGAAGAUGAGAAUGAUUCGACAAGGCCAUCCCACCAAUCGUACCGCCGUCCUUAUCAAGUUUAGAGAUCCAAGCGACGCGGAAGAGUUCUACAAGCUCUACAAUGGGCAGCCGCUGCCAUUCACGGCGAAUUCUUCCUCUUCAGCUCCUUCAGCGACCACUGGGCAGGCCUCGACAGCAGCAGGGCCAUCGGCGUCAACCUCCCUGGCGUCCCUUACGCCUUCAUCGUCAAUGCCAACGUUGACCUCGGCGCAGAUCGUCUACGUCACCCAAGUGACCGUGUCCACCAGCCCACAUUUGCCUUACGUCUACCCUCAGCUAGCAAACUCAGAUCCAUGGCCUCUUGCGCCCACAAAAAGCACCGUAGAUUCAGCGACGCCAAGCAUGAUGGAAGACAAGACCGACGAUGCCAGCUCAUCCACCGUCACGCCGGCAACACGUCUCGCUCUCUCUUUAGCCAACGAGCUGCCAACAUGUCCAGUUUGCCUCGAGAGAAUGGACUCAGCCGUCACGGGCAUCAUGACCGUCAGCUGUCAGCACUCCUUCCACUGCGAGUGUCUGUCGCGCUGGGCAGAUGGCCGCUGCCCAGUCUGUCGAUAUAGCCAGAACAGGGCGGCAAAGGGACAGGCGGCGGCAUCGCUUCUAAUGCGGGCCGGGGCACAAGCUGGACGAGCGAGGAGAAGCGAAGAGCGAGAGCCUAGCAGCGAUCUGAGCCUAGUGGCCGACGAAUGUCCUCGCGGGACGCAAGAAGAUGAACCCAGCGCAGAUGAUGACGAAGACGACUCCGCCGCCACCUGUUGUGCCUCCUGCGGGGCUACCGACGAUCUCUGGGUCUGCCUCAUCUGCGCCGCGGUUGGCUGUGGCCGCUACAAAGCAGGAUGUGCUGCGCGGCACUUUACGCAGUCUAAUCAUCUGUACAGUCUGGAGCUAGAGACGGCCCGCGUAUGGGACUACGUGCACGAUGGGUACGUGCAUCGCCUGAUUCAAAAUCGCGCUGAUGGCAAGCUGGUCGAGCUUGAUGGGGCUGCUGGGCAGGGAGGUGGCGCAGAGGGCUCGCCUGCUAGACGGAGGAGGGGAAGGAGAAGUAGUCGACGCCAUGCUGAGCAAGAGGAGGCCCAGAGCGCUGCGGCUGGCUCGUCACGAAGAGCAGGCGAGACUGGCCGCGAUCAACCGGACGAAACCUCUUCAGUAUACGAUGAGGAUGAGUACGACGAAGAUGAAGACGACGACGACGACGACAAAGCCAAGGACAAACAGCACGGCGGCAAGCUCGGCACUCGCUCUUCCCAAUUAGAAGCCAUCUCCCUCGAGUACCAGUACCUUCUUCUCUCCCAGCUGGAGUCCCAACGUUCGUACUACGAAGAGCAGGUACGCAACGUCCAAUCUCGUCUCGACUCAGCCCUCGCCAACGGCGGCAGCGGGAGUGCAAAGGAAGAGCAGGAGAAGGCUCUCCUAGCAGUUGAGGCGGAGAGGGCGAGCUGGCAAGCAGAGAUGGACGCAGUGAGUGCGAGAACGAAGCAGCUGGAGGGCAAAGUGCAAAAGCAUGUCACGGACUUGGUGAAAGCAAGGAAAGACCUCGAAGCUGAGCGACUCGUCACGCGAGGCCUCCUCGCAAAGCUGCAAGCUGCCAAUGAGCGAGAAGAGCGUGCGAAUCUCGAAGCGGAGCGCGCCAAAGCAGAGCAGAGGGAGUUGAACGAGGAAUUGAGGGACCUGAGAUUUGCUCUCAGUGCGCAGGAUAUGAUUCAGGGUGAGGGAGGUGCGGAUCAUCAGCAUGAGGCGCAGGGUGGAGAUCUGGUAGUAGUGCCAGGCAAGGAGGGCAACAGCGGUGCGGCGAAGAAGAAGAAGAAAAAGAAGAAGGUACCAAAGAAGCCGCCAGGGGUAGGAGAAGGUGCUGCGUCCUCCACGGCUGGACAAGAGGAAGCCGCAGCCGCGCCGUCAGCAAUGACAGACGUCACCGUAGACCCCGACGAGGAGGAAGAAGAGUAG